AUGCAGAUUGAGGCGGAUGCCCGCCACCUCUACGAGUUCCGCCACGCGAACAAGGUGGAGGGGGUAUGCUACGUCUGCCAUGAGGUCGACCGUGCCAUGUACAUCUCGCUCAUGGAAGAGCAGCGAACGGGGUCGGUCGAACUAGAGGGCCUGCUGCGAGAAAUUACCGGAAAGAGCCGGAAGGUGGAGACGAAAGAGAGGCAGACGGCUGAGGCAGCCUUCUUCAACCAGUACGUGCUGGAUGAGUUGGGUAUGGCUGGUGAACUGCUGGCCGACUCACGAUCUAAGAACGGUGCGUGA